UUUAUUAAUUAGAUAAAUUAAGUCUCUCUUCCUUUACCCUGUCAAUGAAAAUGUGUGAGUGUGUGGGUGGGUGACGGAGACCUUAUUAGAUAAUUAAGUCUUGUCUUCCUUUCGCCUUGUCAAGAAAAGAUAAUCAUAUAACAGCUGUUUGUUUUAUACUAGAAUUCCUUCCUGCCGGUUUUUAACGCGACCUUAGGACUUUCUCCUUCUCUCUCUCUCUCCUUCUCUCUUCUCCUUCUCUCUCUCUCAAGAUCAACCGAAGUGUUUAACUUUAGAGGGUGACAGUGCAGUGCCUCCACAGAACCACCACCAUGGCAUGCAGGCUGGCAUCAAUAGAAUGAAGACAGGAGGGGCGGAGUCCAGACGCAAGAAAGGGAGACUCCGGCCUUUCACCGCAAGAGACUUUUUAGCCAAUCAGCGAACGGGAGGGCCCGGAGAGGCGCGGCAACCAUGGCUGUCCUCCCGUUACAAGCAGGCUAAGCGUUCCCUUGUGGGAAAGUCCCCCUCCAGGUUCCUGUAGUGACGAGCCGCUGCGACCCCCGGCACCGAGGCGGCCAACCUAUCUGCACUCUGCGGUGCCGCGUGACGAAGAAGAAGAAGAAGGAGGAGAAGAAGAAGAAGUUAAUGAUGAGACUCGUUCAAGAACGGCCCAGCGCAGCUCUGGCAUCAUUUAGCGCAGUGCCAGACUGGCGAAAGUAGUCCUCAUCCAGCAGGCACCAAAGUUUACAGCUCUCGCCAUCUCCACGCUCCGUUGUCAUGACGACAACUCUCCAACAGCUGUGAUGAUGGCUUCUGGUGUUUCAGGACACGUACCGUUGUGAGGAUGGACAGAAGCUUGGGUGACAGUCUUUUGUUUGUUCUUUGCGGCGUUUUAUGGCGGGAACUGUGUCUGAUGGCUUCCAGGCAGAGUAGCCAUUUCCAAAGUUUAUAGAGACGAUUAGCAUCAACGUGGGUAACACAGAAACUUUUACAGUCUUAAAGAGUGGACAACAACAACAACAACAACAACAACAACAACAACAACAACAACAGCCCCCGCCCCACAUCAACAUUGCCGACAAAGUCUCCAUCAUGUCCCCCCAGGAGAUCCGCUCCGAUUCUCCAGACAACCUGUCGGUCAGAGAGAAGUCAGACCGAUGUCCCAGACUGUCUUUUGGAAUCGACAGGAUUCUUGGAAAGGGAGACGAGAAGAAAUCGAACGCUGACGAGUGCCGAGAUGACGACACGUCAGAUGAUGACAGCGACGAUGCUGCGCCCUGUGACGAUCGUCCGUCGUCGGUUCAUCACGAAAGCAAUUCACGCGCCUCCGCACGGUCGCCGGAGCUGAUGGAGAAGGACAGCAGAGAUCCCAGGUUUUUCCUCCCGAGACUCAGUCUAGAUGUUGUGAUGCGUCCACCACCCCUCCUUGCCCACCCAGGCGUGAUACGGGUGCCCACACAUCGGCCACAGCCCGUCCUGCCCCUGUGGACCACCGGCUACACCCUGCCAUGGGUGGACGUCAGGAGAGAUCGCUUUGGAUUUGUGAGGAGGAUCGGCCACCCGUACCAGAACAGAACGCCCCCCAAGCGCAAGAAGCCGCGGACGUCGUUCUCCAGGGCGCAGAUCGUGGAGCUGGAGAAGCGGUUCCACCGUCAGAAGUACCUGGCGUCCGCGGAACGCUCCGCCCUCGCCAAGCAGCUCAAGAUGACAGACGCGCAGGUCAAGACGUGGUUCCAGAACAGACGGACGAAAUGGAGACGACAGACGGCGGAGGAGAGGGAGGCGGAGCGACAGGCGGCCAACAGGUUGAUGAUGAGCCUGCAGGCUGAGGCCAGCAAGACGGUGUACGACAUCAGAGACCCGCUGUGUCUGUCCAACUCGUCCCUCCACGCCCUGCAGAACCUGCAGCCCUGGUCUGAUGGCACCAAGAGCGAGCAGGAGUGACAGGACAGGGACACUGCCACACCAUGGCUGCAAUUCCAAACUUGUGAUACAUCAGCUGACUUACUAACUAACGGUUUCUUCUUCCCACGUGACCUGUGGGGUCACCACCGCUGUUUGUCGUGGAGUGAUCGGAUUGAGCUCCCUUGCAGUGCAUUCCGUAUGUUAUUACGUGAAACAAGGGGAGAGAAGCCUUCUCGCUGGCUCUAAUCGACACCGUGAUUAAUGAAUAAUUAAAAACCGUCGAUGACCGGUCUGGCGGGUCGAACAUUCUCGCUUUUGGGAUUUUCUUCAUCAUGAGGAUGUGUCUGAAGAUUUGACCGACUCGAGGUUUCGUGGAAUGUUUUUUGGACAUGUCUACCCGUGGGGGAUAGGAGGUGGAAUGUUGAAAAAAAAAAACUUUUAUAAACAUUGAAAGAAGAUGGACGCGCUAAAGACACUGUGGUCUGGUUGAUUUAUUCCUGGUUUUUCUUUAAGUGGAUUUUGCCGUACAAAUUUCCAGGUUUUUAAUUUUGUUUCCUCGCUAAUACGCAUGUCAUUAUUUUCGAGAAUAUUCUAUUCAUAGAAAUAAAUGAAAUUAUAUGGAAAUUAUACGACUGCUCCAGAUCUUUGCAUGGUAUGUGCAAGUAUUUCUGUGAAAUAAUUUCUCCCGACUAUUGCGAGGGUGGGUUCUGGAGGUGAGGUGUGGGUUCGCCGUCGAUGUGUGUGUGUGGUGUAAAGAUGUUCUACCUGUGCGUGCACCUUCCACACGACUGCCAUCUGCUCACUGAUACAACAGUUUGUCAGUCAAUUAGUUGAAACGUCCCUAUUCUCAUCCACCCAUUACAAUCCUACCAUUACUGCUUACAUGUCCGAUCCUGAGCAUUGCAGAUUACUACUGUUUUAAUUCCUAUGUUUAAAUGUCACUUUUAAUACGUUUUAUUGCGACUUUUGUUAUACAUAAAAUAAUUCUAUGCGUUUUGAGUAAUGUUUUGUCACAUUUUAGUAUUUCUGAUUUAUUAUAAUUUUUGGGUGGUUGGUUAUUGGCCUGCAGACGCCAUCAUGGCAUCAUAUGACCAGGGAACACAAGUGGUCCAACUCUUUCUGUCUCACUCUCUCUCUCCCUCCUUUGAUCUCUUUCCCCCUCCCAAGAAAAAAAGAGAAAAUUGUUCAAACCUGACAGUAGACAACUUAUAACAAUGUUGUAAGUGACGUGAGCUGAUAGACAGAUAGAAACAGUAUUGAUUGUUUAAGGCAAAAUAAGACCCACUCAUAUAAUUUUCAGACGCUAAAGAAUUCACAAUGACCUCCCAAUGCAUGUGUAAACCUCGUAAACCUUUUUCUGAGUUAGGAACAGUAAUGGCUGUGAGUUCACAUCUCACUUCUUUCAGACCAACUACUUCCGAGUGGAGCUUGGAUGUGUGUGUGUGUGUGGUAAUUAGAAUAGUCUAAAUGUCAUAUUGAAGCCGAUAUCUCUGGCCAACAUGAAAAUGUAACAGUUAUUUUUCCCAAAUCUUUAUUUUAAAAACUUUUAUUUUUUUUGAAGCGAAGAGGCAGGUCGUUUUUUUUAAGCUUCUGAAGUAAGUGUUCAUUUCUGGAGCAGCCAAGAUGGACGACAAGCUUUAGUAGUUCUGCUGCUCCACUUUUCCCUCCCAACUGAGAUCUCUCAAACAAAGUCUCUCCCGCCAAUAACUGUUUUGAGGAAUCAUGAAAAUUGCUGUUCCAGAAAUUAGUUAACUAUUAAACUGACAAACGCAAGCAAUUUCCAAUUUUAAUAGUCAACUUUUCCACCCCCUUCUCUCUCUCUCUUACUUUCGCACGCACACACACGCUUUUUACACUAAAAUAUAGAAAGGAACCUUAAAAAUUAUUAAGAUGUUUAUAUUUUCUUGUGGAUGUAAAGGUGAGCUUAGCACAAACCUGGCUGAUCUCAAAAGAUAAACUAUGUGGUGAGCAUCAGUCUACUGAGCAAAGAGCGGAACAUCUAAGUGUACUCAUAUUAGUAAGAUUUUUAAAAAAAAACAAACUCGGAAUAAGCUGACGAGGCCAAGACAGCUCCAGAGCCUGAAGUCAUGAAGCAGAUGUAAGGUAACCUCAGGACUGGAAACUUUGAUAAAAUGUCAUAUCCUUCCAACCCAUCUACAUACCCAGGGUCAGAGGUUAUCAGAUUCAUCUGGGAACGGCAUCGGAAUGAUACAGGUUCCCGUUGUCUAUGUUGUUACCUACUUAUUACUAUAUUACGGUUACUAUCAUUAUAUGGUUACUUAAUUAUUAGAAUCACAGGUUAAUUAUAAAUAAAGGAGGCAACACAGGAGG